AUGCGGUGUGGAGUGUGUGGACUGGAGAGGGAGCUGUUUGUGUGUGCCCGGUGUGUGCGAUGUUCCCCCCAUGUGGUCGUUCGUUUGAAGUUGCAGCUUGUCGAGUUGCGGAGGGACAACGCGGUCUUGGGCGGGAAGGUCCGAGAGGUCCUACAACGUGCGUUCGGGGGGACCCAUGAGGGUACUGCAGAGGUCUCCGGUGAUGUUCUCCGCGGGAGGUUAGAGCGGGUUGCCGCGUUGCGGAAGGCGAGACACAACGCCCGAAUCAAGGCCGCCGUGGGCCAGUUACAACGGCGGAUCGCGCAGAGGCGGCAACGCGUGGAGCAAUUGACAGCAGAGGUGACGAAUCCAUUCACUGCACCAUCUCAAGGUGCUAUACCCUUGCUUGUGGCGAGUCUCGUGGAGCAACGUCAGCGGAUUUGUGCCCUGCAACCUGUGCUGCGACGGAUGCAAUUGACGAAACUAGGACAACUGCGGCAAUGGUUCCUGAUCCGGCGACGGCCCAGCACCCAUAGCAACCCACAGUACACGAUCAUGCACUUGCCCCUGGUGUCCCUACAUUUGUCCCGCACUUUACCACGGCUUGUGCUGCGGGCAUCCCUCCGCGAGAUGCAACGGUACCUCUCGCUGGCGUCGAGGCUGCUACUACUACAGGAAGAAGAACAAGAAGACCGGAAGACUCUAGUCGACACGCUCUGCUCUGUGUGUCACUGUACGGUUCUGCUGUGUCAGGAGACUGGGUUGCUCCCCAGUGGCCCAUUGGACCAGGGGAGACUACUAGACAAGGUCGACCUUGCGACGCUGUUCCACCACUUUGCAACGCAGCAGCCCUUACCGGCGGUGCACCUCGACAGCGACUGCGAGGGCGCAGAGGGUUGGUCACGAGCACGUCUCAGGGACUUCAUCGCGAGAGGACAAACGAAACAAACGAGACCAACACGGACCACCAGGGAUACUGCCACCACGAGGGACACUACGACCACUACGGAUACCUGGUACCUCGUACCGUGA